AUGGACAAAAGCUGGAUGACUUUGGGUGAUAGACUAUUAUCACCUGCUUACGCUGAUGGGGUACGCAAUUUCCUUACAAUGGCACAAAAUCAUGCCAUGGGAAGUGAUCGCAUUCGGUGUCCAUGCCGUAUAUGCUGUAAUAAUCUCUUCUUGCCUAUACUUGAGGUGGAGUCUCACUUAUUUAUAAAAGGGAUAGAUCCAAAUUACACGCACUGGAUAUUUCAUGGGGAGGAGGAAACACUCCCCACCAUUGACGAUGAUGUCGAUCCCGGGGUUGAACGUGGAGAUGUGUACAUUGAUGACAUAGAUGGUAUGCUAGAUGACAUACGGGCAGCCACAUUCCGAGAUGCUCCUCAAGACAACACUACAUCACCAACUCACUCAGCAAUACCUCAAUCCUCCCCAAACUCAACUUUUGACCAACUAUUAGAGGAUGCCCGACGGCCUCUUUUCGAGGGUUGCACAAAUUUCUCAAAGCUCUCUUUCGUAGUGAAGUUGUUACAUAUUAAAACACUUGGUGGGUGGUCAAUCAAGUCUUUUGAUAUGCUGCUAAGCCUUUUGCGGUCAGCUUUUCCUAAUGCUGAAUUGCCACAAUCAUAUGAGGAGGCAAGGACAUUGGAGCGUGGUUUGGGUUUCACGUACCACAAAAUACAUGCAUGCCCUAAUGACUGCAUCUUAUUCUGGAAGGAAAAUGCUAAUCUGUCUGAGUGUCCUAUCUGUAAGGCGUCGCGAUGGAAGCCAAAUACACACGGGUCACGAGUGAUCCCUCAAAAAGUGCUUCGUCAUUUUCCCUUGAAGCCAAGAUUGCAGCGUCUCUUUGUGUCAAGCAAGAUAGCGGGUGACAUGAGAUGGCAUAAGGAGCAGCGGGUCAUCGAUGAGAGUAGUAUGAGACAUCCUGCUGACUCUGAGUCUUGGAAGACAUUUGAUCAAGCUCAUAGUUGGUUUGCAAGGGAUGCUCGCAAUGUCAGGCUUGGUUUGGCAAGUGACGGGUUCAAUCCCUUCAACAAUCUAGCAAAACCUUAUAGUAUUUGGCCAGUGAUUCUUGUCCCAUAUAACUUACCACCAUGGUUAUGCAUGAAAGAUUCAUUCUUUAUGACAUCCCUCAUUAUCCCUGGCCCAAAAUCACCAGGGAAUGACAUUGAUGUUUAUUUGCAACCAUUAAUUGAUGAGUUACUUGAACUUUGGGCACAUGGGGUACCUACAUAUGAUGCAUCCACUAAAGAAAUGUUCAUGUUACAUGCUGCAUUGUUGUGGACAAUUAAUGACUUUCCCGCCUAUGGAAAUCUGUCUGGGUGGUCAACAAAAGGGAAAUUGGCAUGUCCAUCUUGCAAUGCCAGUACAGAUUCCAACUGGUUGAAGUAUGGUAGAAAACAUUGUUAUAUGGGACAUCGACGUCUCUUACUCAGCGAUCACAUCUGGCGAACGAGAAAAGGGUUGUUCAACGGUAAAGAAGAUCUUCGCAUGCCACCAGCAUUGGUUGAAGGAGCAGAUCUAAUAACUCAGUUACAAAUGCUUGGAGAUAUUCAAUUUGGAAAAUCUUGUAGGAAGAGAAAACGCACAACAGAAGAGUUGAACUGGACAAAGAAAAGCAUAUUCUUCAAACUACCUUAUUGGUCAACAAUGCGGCUUAGACAUAAUCUAGAUGUUAUGCAUAUUGAGAAGAAUAUUUCCGAGAACAUUUUGGGCACUUUAAUGAACAUCCCCGGCAAGACAAAAGAUAACACUAAUUCACGGCGUGACCUAGAGAUCCUGGGGUUUAGAAAGGAAUUACAUCUGAAACGUGAAGGUGAACGAACUAUUAUGCCACAUGCAUCAUACACAUUACAUGGAGAUGAAAGGAAUAAAUUCUGUGAGUGGCUUGCUGAGGUGAAAUUUCCUGAUGGGUUUGCUUCUAAUAUCACUGUGUAUCUGAGGGAUAUUGCAUUGGCUUUGACUGAACUUAGUAGUUUCUUUAAAGAGUUGUGCGCCCGAACAGUAGAUGUGAAUCGCCUAUCAAAGCUCCAGCUUGAUAUCGUCACCAUCCUAUGCAAACUGGAGAUGAUUUUCCCUCCAUCUUUUUUUGAUGUUAUGGUCCACCUAGCUGUCCAUUUACCCCGUGAGGCUAUUCUUGGCGGUCCAGUUCAAUAUCGGUGGAUGUACCCGUUUGAGAGGUAUCUCGGCAAGUUCAAGCGGUAUGUUAAGAACAAAGCACAUCCAGAAGGUUCAAUAGCGGAAGCCUGGGUUCACAUUGAGUGUUUGACAUUUUGCUCAAUGUAUCUCAAAGAUGUUGAGACGAAGUUUAAUCGACCAGACCGUAACAUUGAUGGUGUAGAAGAUGAGACUCUAGAUGGGUUCACAAUUUUCAACCAGAAACUUCGUCCCUUGGGUAUAGCUAAUAGUGUGCAAUUACACGAUAAACUCCAUACAGCAGCCAUUUGGGAACACUACGACAAAUGCAAGGUGUCAAACCCAAAUUCUAUUGAUCGCACGCAACAAACUGAGUUUCCAAAUUGGUUCAAGCAACGUGUGGUGGACCAGCGUAACAACAACCCACUUGAUGUGUCCCCAGAUUUGUAUGCGUUAGCUUGCGGUCCUGACCGUUGGGUCGCAACAUAUGCUGCCUGCAUUAUAAAUGGUAAACGAUUCCAUACGAAGAGCCGUGAACUUCGCCGGCGAAGCCAAAAUUCCGGAGUGUUGGUAACUGGUGAUCAAGAAACUGAUAAUGUAGAUUUUUAUGGUGUUAUAAAUGAUGUUGUAGAGUUACACUACAUGGGAGGUCGGAGAGUCAUCUUGUUCAGUUGUGAUUGGUUUGAUGUUGGUGAUAAAAGGCGAGGGGUACGGGUAGACGAUCAUUUAACUAGUGUCAAUAUGAAUAGGACUUGGUAUAAGGACGAACCAUAUGUGCUGGCAUGUCAGGCUUCCCAGUGUUUUUACAUUAGGGAUAUAAGGGCGAAAGGGAACUGGUUUGUUGUGCAGAAGUACAAUAAUAGGAAUGUGUAUGACAUACCACCAGUGCACAGGGUUUUAGACGGUAAUGAUAGCGAAUCAAGUGACGAUGAUGCCUAUCAAGAGAUUGAGUCAUUAUAUGAUUAUCCACUUUUGCAUUGUGAUGCAUGUCCUGUGUCAACUCCACUUAGUAGGACUGAUAUAGAACCUACCCAUAUUGAUGCACGAGACCACAUGGAGUCGGGUGGUGCACACAGAAAUUCACUAGAUUUUAUUGAUGAUAGCAUGGUUCCAUCUGGUUCUGGAGAUGCAUAUGGUGAUUGGGAGUAUUCAGAUGAUGAGGACAAGUCAACCGACUCUGAGUCCUCCUCAGAAUAG